CCCACUUUUUCUUUACAUCCUGUAUACUGGUGUAAAUUAGAAUAAAGACGCCCGCGGUGCGUUUGCCUACAUGUAUGUGUCUAGUUGGUUUUGGGAGAAAAAUCUGAGUUAUCUGCUAGACCCUUUUCAAAUUGUUUUCCAGAACACCAUGGAGGCACACGCCUUAUCGAAAAUUGCAGAGCAUGGGAGCACAGAACAGAACUGUAGAAAUAAAGGAGCCUCCCAAACCCCUUCACCGCCAUCCGGCGACAACUCUAACUGCUUGAGAGUGGGCAUUCGUAACAGCACGGGGGCUGAAGGAACCGAGAACCAUGCCUACGAUAACUCCGCCUGCGUUAACCACCGAACCACCGAACCCAACACCCCCUCCGCCCCAGUGCGAAAUGAAACAGGGCAGAGUAUGGCAUACCGACGAAUGUCGGAUAGAUCCUCCUUCUCCGGCAGUAUGACGAUAGUAGACAACAGGCGGCGGUUGUGUCGCAAGCGAUGCUGUGCUGUCUGGCUUGUGAUCGUGGCAAUACUAGUGUUAUUAAUGUUCACAGCGGGGCUGGCUCUCUUCAUUACCCUUAGAUCUGAGACUCAAGGGAAAAACAACAGUUCACCCAGCACGUUGAAGCAGAAGCAGAAGUUCAACGGAUGUGAGGUGGAGCCUUCCCCUAGAACAGACAGUGCUGCCACACCGUGGAAGGACGGGAAGGUUGUGCCGACCGCGAAAGUGUUCAGUUGCUCACGAUAUAAGGCUGAUAGUAAUUAUGAUAUCCACGUUCUAAGUAUGGACUCUGCCGGGAAGGCUGGAGUCGAAGUGAUGGUGUCGGUGAACGCCACUGGCCCCAAAGUGAAGAAUGUUAUGUUGGUGUUGAUAUCUGGUACAAAAACAUCUUGGGUUAUCGCUCCCGAUGCGGCUGUUUCUAGGAUUAUCAAAUGUAGACGCGAUGGAGUGAAGUCAGGUAACAUUAAGUUUGAUAGCGUGAGCUGUCCAGAAAAGGAAGAUGUCGCCUCGGCCGUACUGCAGAAUGUGGUGGCCACGUACGGACAGAUUACGUCAUACACAUACACCGCCACAUGCGACAAAUGGACGCUUAAGGUGGGCGAGCAAGAUAAACUGAAACCCACUGCGCUGCCACCAACACAACCCGCAAGUGUCCUCCCCCCUGUACGCAACAUCUCUGCGGUUCGGAACGUCCGACUGGCAGAUAUGUGGGAGCAUGGUGCGGGGCAUGUGCAGGUGCUGAUAGGACGGCACUGGUACUACAUCUGUGACCGCCUAAUUGCCUCUGCUGAUGCGCACGUGAUAUGCAAGACGCUAGGACUAGGCGUUCAAGCAGAGGUGUUGUUCCAAUCGUUCUUCUCUAUGGUGGAUUCUACUCCAUUGAGGUUGAUACUGGGUUGUGUUGGCAACGAGACAAACGUCACCCAAUGCCGCCAUACGUUAGCCAACCCUUUUGUCAGAUGUAAACAGAGAGUGGCGACAGUCAGGUGUAACCCAGGACCCACCACUUCUCCUGUAAGUCCGUCACAGAUCACUGAUGUAAGGCUGGUCGACUCUAAUUCCAAAUACGAGGGGAACGUGCAAGUGAAGUAUGGGAGCAGCUGGCGUUACGUCUGUGACGUGGACUGGGAUUCGAUCGACGCUAGAGUUGUGUGUCUAACGCUAGGACAUCGGAAUUUAACUGGCGCAAUAUAUUUCAACUCUAACUUCGGGAACGCCCCUUCUAACAACCGACCAUUCAUAACCCUCAACUGCAUAGAUUCGGCCACUCAUAUCAAGGAAUGUCGCUAUGCAACAUAUUGGAAUUACUAUGGGUGUGAUGUUGAUGACGUAGCAGGCGUCCAAUGCUUUUCAGAUACUGGAGUAUCAGGGAUAACCUGUAACUUUGAGGCUGGGAUGUGUGGCUUGAUGCCUUCUUAUACGUCAAGUGCUUACAGCUCGUUCAAGUGGACUCGGGGUAGAGGCCGCACAUCCUCCUCCUACACAGGCCCCACCCAUGACCACACGACGCUGUCGAGCACAGGUGGGUUUUAA